UGGUUAAUGGAUGAAUGGAUCUGAUCGAGCUGAGAAAGAAUAUGCUAGAUACAUGCCUUUGAGUAAGAUUUCUGCUGCCUUUAUGCAGUGAAACCUUUUGCUUUGAGUAAUUCCGAUCCAGUUGACGUCUGGUCAGAAUUAGAGAGAGAUUCACCGAGACUUCCGAUUUCUUGCUGCAUGACUGCCUUUGCUGCAAGUGCUAGAUUUGCAGCCCUGAACCUAAUGCCACAGGAGAUGUCUUGCAGUACUGAGACUUCCCGUUUUUCAGGAUGCGUUCCUCCAAACCAGAGUUGUGUCAUGAGAAUUGGAGCUCUGAGGUGGACGACAGAAAAUGCAAGCCUGCUCCAAGAUCCCAGCAUUUAAGCCUGGAUGAUUUAUUAGUCUUCCCCUACCGACACACACAAUGCAUUUGUUUUCCCUAUUCAUACUGCUUUUAGACUAGUAGAAGUAGAAGAAAGCCACAAGGAGUCAGAAAGACUGCAAGAAGGAAUGGAAAUGGAAUUUGUUUCCAGCCAGGUGAAAUUCAGGUAUUAAAUUACUGACGUAGGUCAAUGGUAGGGUUUCCCUUCCACCCCCCUUGGCUUUUAAUCAGCCCGGGUGUCUUCUCCCCUAAAGGAUGAAGAGUACUGACGGCCAUCGCUGCUUAUAAUCAGUAACUGAUGCUUGGAGUGUUGGCGAUGAGAUAUUUCCAUGAGACCUAUUUAGAUCUCUCCACUUCUACCAGGCUAGUUUUGCAGAACGUUGGGAAUAAGCGGUAUGUCAGAUAUGGCUGAAACUCCGAAGAUGAUCCGCAUGUUUUAUAUUUUUCACAAAUUUUGGGAAAUAAAAUGUACGCUUGCUGCUCUACAGUAACUUUGGAACAGGACCUCAACAAAAAAAUGCAUAUCUGGAUGCUGCAGACGAUCGCGUUUGCUUUAACAUCGCUAGUCCUUUCGUGGGCAGAAAGCAUCGAGUAUUAUGGGGAAAUCUGUGAUAAUGCGUGUCCUUGUGAGGAGAAGGACAGCAUCUUAACAGUGAGCUGUGAAAACAGAGGGAUCAUCAGCCUUUUUGAGAUCAGUCCACCAAGGUUCCCUGUCUACCACCUCUUGUUGUCCGGGAACCUUCUGAACAGGCUGUACCCGAACCAGUUUGUCAAUUACACGGGGGCUUCGAUUUUGCAUCUGGGGAGCAAUGACAUACAAGACAUAGAAACCGGGGCCUUUCAUGGUCUGAGAGGUUUAAGGAGGCUGCACCUGAACAAUAACAAGCUGGAACUUUUACGGGAUGACACUUUCCUUGGGCUAGAGAGUUUGGAAUACCUACAGGUCGAUUAUAAUUAUAUUAGCGUCAUUGAACCCAAUGCCUUCAGCAAACUGCAUUUGCUGCAGGUGCUGAUUCUCAAUGACAACCUCCUCUCCAGUUUGCCCAACAACCUUUUCCGUUUCGUGCCCUUAACUCACCUGGACCUGAGGGGUAACCGGCUGAAGCUGUUGCCCUACGUGGGCCUUUUGCAGCACAUGGAUAAAGUGGUGGAGCUGCAGCUGGAGGAAAACCCCUGGAAUUGCUCUUGUGAAUUGAUUGCUCUAAAGGAUUGGCUGGACAGUAUCUCCUACUCCGCUCUGGUGGGAGAUGUGGUUUGUGAGACCCCUUUCCGCUUACAUGGUCGAGACUUGGAUGAAGUCUCCAAGCAGGAGCUUUGCCCCAGGAGGCUCAUCUCGGAUUAUGAAAUGAGACCGCAGACACCACUGAGCACCACAGGGUAUUUCCACACUACCCCGGCCUCGGUCAACUCCGUGGCCACUUCUUCUUCGGCUGUUUACAAAUCCCCCUUGAAGCCCCCCAAAGGGACCCGCCAACCCAACAAGACGAGGGUGCGCCCCACCUCCCGCCUGCCCUCAAAAGACCUGGGAUACAGCAACUAUGGCCCCAGCAUUGCCUACCAGACCAAAUCCCCGGUGCCUUUGGAGUGUCCCACUGCCUGCACUUGCAACUUGCAGAUUUCUGACCUGGGCCUCAAUGUCAAUUGUCAGGAGAGGAAGAUUGAGAGCAUUUCUGAACUGCAGCCCAAACCCUAUAAUCCUAAGAAGAUGUAUCUGACGGAAAACUACAUUGCGCUGGUACGCAGGGCAGAUUUUGUGGACGCCACUGGGCUGGAUUUGCUGCAUCUGGGCAAUAAUCGGAUCUCGGUCAUUCAGGACCGGGCUUUUGGGGAUUUAACUAAUUUGCGAAGGCUGUACCUGAACGGGAACCGGAUCGAGCGGCUGAGCCCAGAGCUGUUCUAUGGGCUGCAAAGCCUGCAGUACCUCUUCCUGCAGUACAACGUCAUCCGGGAGAUAGAGGCGGGCACCUUUGAAUCCGUCCCCAACCUUCAGCUCUUGUUUUUGAACAACAACCUGCUGAGGUCUUUGCCGGGGAACAUUUUUGCGGGUCUCUCUCUCUACAGGCUGAGCCUGCGGAGCAACCACUUCUCCUACCUGCCAGUGAGCGGGGUGCUGGACCAGCUGAAAUCCCUGCUGCAGAUCGACCUGCAUGAGAACCCCUGGGACUGCACCUGCGACGUGGUGGGCAUGAAGCUGUGGCUGGAGCAGCUCAACACCGGCGUCCUGGUGGACCAGGUCAUCUGCGAGUCCCCCAAGAAGUUCGCCCAGAGCGACAUGCGGGCCGUCCGGGCGGAGCUGCUCUGCCCCGACUACUCGGACAUCGUGGUCUCCACGCCCACGCCGUCCCCGGGCCAGCUGCCGGCCAGGACCACCCCCUCCUCCUCCACCGUGCGCCUCAACGGCACGGCGGCGGCGGGCGGCUCCGCGCCCGCGGGCGGCGGCGCCGGCGGCUCCUCGGUGCCGCUCUCCGUGCUGAUCCUCAGCCUGCUGCUCGUCUUCAUCAUGUCCGUCUUCGUGGCGGCGGGGCUCUUCGUCCUCGUGAUGAAGCGGCGCAAGAAGGGCCCGGGGGACCACGCCAGCGCCAACAACUCCGACGUGAGCUCCUUCAACAUGCAGUACAGCGUCUACAGCGGCGGCCACCCCCCCCCCCACCACCACCACCACCCCCACCUCCAGCAGCACCCGCCCCACCGCGGCGGCGGCGGCGGGGGCGGCGGCGGGGGCGGCGCGGCGCUGCCCAAAGUGAAGACCCCCGCCGGCCACGUCUACGAGUACAUCCCGCACCCCCUGGGCCACAUGUGCAAGAACCCCAUCUACCGCUCGCGGGAGGGCAACGCGGGCGAGGAUUACAAAGACCUCCACGAGCUCAAGGUCACCUACGGCAGCCACCCCCUGCCACCCGGGGGGGGCGCGCCGCCGCCGCCGCCGCCCCCCCCGCCGCCGCCGGCGCCCGGCGGGGAGGACGCGCCGGCGCGCAGCCCCGCGUACAGCGUGAGCACCAUCGAGCCGCGGGAGGAGCUGCUCUCCCCGGUGCAAGACGCCGACCGCUUUUACAGGGGCAUUUUGGAGCCCGACAAACACUCCUCCUCCUCCUCCGCGCUGGGCACACCCGGCUCCACCCUCCCCGACUACCCCAAGCUCCCCGCCGCCUACACCUACUCCCCCAGCUACGACCUUAGGCGUGCCCACCAGUACUUGCACCCGGGGCCGGGGGACGGCAGGCUCCGGGAGACGGUGCUCUACAGCCCCCCCAGUACUGUCUAUGUAGAGCCCAACAGGAACGAGUACCUGGAGCUAAAAGCAAAACUAAACGCAGAGCCGGACUACCUCGAAGUGCUGGAAAAACAGACCACGUUCAGCCAGUUCUGAGAAAGAGCCCCCCUCCCCCCCCCCCCGCCAACCACAGCAGCUCCUUCUCUAGAGUAUUUGUAUUUAACAACCACACGCAAAACAAAGAAACGUAAAUGCUGACCUCCCCCCCAGCUCGCCCCCCGCCUUUUUUCCCCCUUAAUUCAUUUUAUUGUAGGGUGAAGUGCCUUGGCACGGGAUUUUUCAGCUUCGGGGAAUGAUUCUGAAAGGGUGUGCUGUUUAUUUUAUUUUCAGGGGGGUUUUAUCUUUUUUUUUCUUUUUUUUUUUUUCCUCCUUUUACUGUGUUUGGAAGUAGGAAACCACCUAUUGUAUAAAUCGGGCACAGCACUGGCAUUGUGCGUGUGUCCAUGUGUGCUUGGGGGAGGUGGCAGGAGGGUCUUGUCAGGCCAUAUUCAGGUUACAAGUACAAAAGUCACGGUCACUUUUUUUUUUUUUUUGUGUGUGUGUGUACAGGCAUUGUUUAAUUUUGCUUUCUUUCUGGUUGACGAGUACAGCGCACAUGUUCCCCUUUUAGCCAUGGGUGAGUCUAAAUGGCUUUUAUGGAGAGAUUAGCACACCCCGACUUUAAUACAAGGUUUCCUUUUUUUAAGGAUGUGUUUGUAUGCUUUCUGGACUUUUGAAUUAAAAAAUAUAUUAUGAUCUUUAAAAGGAUCACUGUAGAUGUGGACAAAUCAUUAAAGAGUGCAGAGAUAUAUGAUCCAUAACUGGUUAGUGAAAAUAACUUAUUGAUGAAAUAUAAAAAAAUAUUUUAUUGUAGCACCUAUUUUUAUAUGCACAUUAGCAUUUCUCGUUCCUUCACUAUUUUAGGGCCUAAUCCUGCAAAUUCUUACUCACUUGAGUAUCCCUACUUGUGAAAGAAGUCCCAGCUUAGGCCUUGAUCCUGCAGGCACUUAAGCACCUCAACUUUACCAAUGCGUGUAGUCCCGUAGACUCACUCAUUGAGCAAAGUUAGUCAAAUGCCCAAAAGAUUAGGAUAGAGGAUGCAGAACUAUUCUUACAAGUAAAACUACUGGGAUGUUUAAGUGUUUCUUCUGUUUUCAGGAUGGGGUCCAAAGUCUGCGGAUUGCUUUAAAGUGUUGCACUACAUUGAGAGCUUUUUUUCCAAAGCUGAUGUAGUAUCAGAAGGACCUUUUAAAUCAUUACAGAUAAUGCCAGUUAUGACCAAAUCUUAACAGACAAUCUAAGACAUGAAACCGAAUCACAAUAGAAAAAAAAUCAUGUUUCUCUAUUUGAAAAUGUACCUUUUAGCAACCUCCUGCUCAGGCAUCUGGUUGGGCAAACUAGUGAGGGACAUGUAGAAGGCAUUCAUUUUAGCAGGAAAAAAAAGUGUUUCAUUUUUGAUUUGUCAGUUUUCUUUUUUUUUUCUUUUUUUUUUCUUUUUUAUUAGUUAACCAAAAUAUAAUGAUUUUACAACUGUUGUAGCCAGUUUCUGAUUGUUUAGUCAAGUACAAUUGCACUUGUACAGAUCCACAUGUUUACUGGCAUCCUGAAAGACCAAAUGAUGGACUGUACACAUCUAUAUACAAUGUCUUUACCCCUUUGGGCAGCAGGCAAUGGCAAGGAUAUUCAUAAACACAGCAUCACUGUAAGAUGGGACAACUGACGUCUCAUAUGUAUCCCAGCACAUGUGAUUUUUUAAUAGUUUCUGAAUAAACACUUGAUAAAUAUUUCAAAUGUAAGAUCAUGAAGUAAUGAGUAUCUGGAGUUUAAAAUUUCUUGCCAAAAUCAUCUGUUUGUACGUUGGAUUCUCUUUACUAGCAAUUACGGCUCAUCAGAAAGAUCUAACAUUUUUAGGCAAAACAUAACGUGUUCUCUAUUUUCAAAACGCAACAUACGGUACUUCCCAGCAUACAUAACAUGGGUCAGAGGGCAACACAGGGAUAUGCGUUUCACCAACAUAUUGACUAGGAUAGUUUCAUAUUUACAUUUUGUUUCCUUACUGAAGUGUUCUUUAAUAUAUGGAACAGGGUAAGUGAUUUCAUGUGUGGUUUUGUCUUUCUUCAGUAGGUUAUCAUGUUUAGUAUUGUUUGCAGAGUUGCUCACCAGUACAUCUUUUAUUGCAAAAAGGCUCUGUUCUGUUCUGCUUUUCCUAUCCAACUACAAUCUGUCACUUUCUACAAAAACAAAGCUAUAUAACUGGUCUGUUGGAAUUCAAGAUGAAUGUUUUGUUGGCAUGUGUUCUUCCCUCUCUGCCACCCACACUGAGCGAAAGCAAAAGCAAAAAACCCCAAAAGUAUGACUGUAUUUAGCUUGGACAGUUUAGUAAGUGGAAUGUUAUUUCAGUUUGAAAUGCAGAUAUGAGGAGUGUUCUUUUGUCAGAAGAGACAACACGUGGCUAUUCUGUGCACUGCUGUUGAUCUCCUGCAGACUUCCCAUUGACACUAGUGAGUGAUAUGUGUGUUGCUGCCUGAGGUGCAGUUUUGGAGCCCUAAUUUUGAAUUACUGCCUUGAUAACUAUUGCUGAAACCAGUGGCCUGGUUCUCCUUCCAUUUAAACUCAGCAGAGGCACGCUGUUGUUAAGUGGGUAUAGGGUAAGAAAAUUUUCAGCCUCACUGGCUUUGUCGUUCACUAAGAGAAAGGCUAGCUCAGUAAAGAUUGAAUGAGAAGGUCCUGCAAACUAUGUGUCUGUUCCUGUGUAGAUAUGUUUUUUUCUGUGUGAUUCUAAACUCAUAGACAGGAGUUUGCACAGGUGUCAAUACAAAUGUAGGAUUAGGUCCUUAAUGUGAAAGGUACAUUUUACAUGGCAUUCUGCCACAAAGAGGCAGCAUCCACAAAUGAGUAAAUGAGCAGGAAUUGCUUGGAUUUGUAAGAAAGAGCUAAUAGAAAUGCCUCGGCAGUCUGUUUAUGCUUACAUUCUGAUGCUGCCAUUUCUGAGGCCAGUAGUAUUGCUGCUUCCAUGUUUUCUACACACACUUAAUAACUGGUAAUGAAGAAUUUUUCUAACAGUCUACACUAAAAUCAGAACAAUUAAUUUAAAUCUCUUCAACUUCUCAUCUUCAGUAGAAAAAAUAUAUUAUCGAUUCCAUUAUUGGAGAAAAAAAAUAAAUGGUAUCAAUUACCUUCAGAAAGUGCAUUCUUGAACAUAAAUCCUUAAGAAAGGAUACAGAGUGCAAAAUAAUAUUAUUUAGUCCAUAAUUACCCUGAAACACACCUGAAAGGGCUAUUUGUGAAUGACGACUUUAAUGGAAGUAGGAUUUCCUACUCAGUGGCUACAAUGAUAAAUCAUCUGUGGAAAAUUAUAGUAAGACCAAAGUAGAUGGGAAUAUGAAUUGGAAAAGGGACAUAUGCCUCUGAUUUGAAAACAGGAUAAUUUGUUUAAAGAAAAAGCACUUGUAUAAGAAUAUGACCUUUGUUUUGUUAGCAAGAUCAGUGAAACCUUCUGCAUGAUGAUCUGCUGAGUUAGUGCUGACCAAAGGGGUAAAAGUGUAAGACAAAAAAAUAAUCCCUAUUUUGAGAAUUCUGAAUAUUAUUUUAGCUUUUUAUUAUUUUAUUUCAAAAGUGCAUGAAAUUCUGUGAUAAAAGAGGAAAAAAAGUGGAAGAGAAUCCUAAUUCUCGGUGUAACUACUAGAAUCAAAACAUGGAUUGUGAUAAUAUAGAACAUUUAUUCUUAUGAAGUAAAAGAAAUAUUCACUGUA